CUUAGGUUGGGAGGGAAUGGGGCGUGGGGGAGCUGGAGCAAGACCACAGCCUGGUGGCAGCCGGUUGCCCUGCAGGCCCCAUUCCCACCUGGCACUGUCCUCCUUACAGCGGAAACACAGAGCUUGUGAGUGCAUGUCAGCUGUUAACAAGUGGUUUCUAGUACAUUCUUGGCUUUGCUAUAUCUAUCUAGUGCCUGUUUUGUGCUUUCUUUCUGUUUUCUUUCUCUCCCCUCUCACUCCUGGCCUCCCCCUGCUCCUUCCCAUGUGGCGUGGAUGUCGUUUCACGUGUGGAAGGUGGGCUGAGGUGCUUCAUCCUUUGCUUUCUUUCUUUCCUUUAUGCGCCCUGGCCACACUCCAGGCGUGCUGUCCUCUGCUUUUUCUCAGAGCUUCUCUCCAACCUGCAUGUCGAGUUCUGUGUUGCUGUGGCUUCUGGGAAAGAGCUGGAGCCACUAGGUGGCUGGUGGUGACUUGUUGGUAUGCAGCUGGGAUGGGCAUGCAGAAUUGGAGGCACCUUGCUUUAGAACAAGGAAACUGCCUGCUGGUCCUGAGAGGAUGCUGUGUUUGGGGGUCUGUCACCUCCCCAGCAGCCUGUUCAGGCAUAGCAGGCUUCUGUCAAACAGUGAGGCAGGCCAGAGGUGCAGGGGAAUCUGGACAUUCUGCACUGGCAGCGACCUGGGUGCCAGUGGUCACAUGGCUUUGCUCCUGCUCGCUCUUAAGACCAAGUGGAAGCUCAUUCCCUGCUCUUCCUGGGCCGUGGAGGUCCCUUGGGGGUGCAACCCGCUGCAGCUCAAUCCGCUUCCUGCAGCUGAGGCCUGUAGGAAGCAGGGGUGGUGCUGGAGCUGCACCGGGCAGCUGUGCUUGCACUGAGUCUGCUCUUUCCCUUGUGUCUGUCUGCUCCAGGGCGCUUAGCCCAAGAGGCUGCUCCCCACCACAGCUCAAGGCCUAGAGUCUGGCACUUCUGAUCGGUUGCACAGCUGUUGGACCCUCAGGACCUAGGUGUCUAGAAUCCUCUAGGCUGGCUGCUCCUCUGUGGGGCAGACCCCUGCUCCACAGACAGUGUUGAGCACUCAUUGAGAGCAAGGGGAUCAGUCAGGCUUUGCUUUUAGCUUGAACAGCUGUGUGUGAACAGUGAAUAAUGAUCUGGCACCCACUCUCCCGUCUGUUCCAGUUGGAGCAGGUAGGGGUCAGCCAGCCACUAGAGCCUUGGGGAAAGGGGCUGAGAGGUGCUCGCUCAGCUUGCUUGUUAGCUAGCAGCUUCCUGCCAGCCUACCCCUUGGCUCGGGAUUGUCUUUGUCGCAAGGUCUCGGCAAUUUACAGAACUCUCGCUCCUUCCCUCGCCUGCCAUCUUCUCUGCUUCUGAGAUAAGAACCAUUUGUGUAACACCAACACCUAACUUAAGACAGACAUGCAUUGCGUGGUUGUAAUCAAAGCUGAUGCUUUCAGACGAUCUAAUCCAUCUCCAAUGCGGAAAAGACACAACAGGCACGUCCAUCCACACUGCUGGGCGCCCAGCUGACUGUAAGAAUGGAAUUCCAAACACUUAACACAUUCAGUUCUAUGACAGAAAGUGAGUCUAUGGAUAUGGUAUUUUGUGAAUGAUCUUUUAAAUAAAAGAGAACCUUACAUAACA